AUGACUGACCCAGUGGAUGCCUAUAGCAGGAUGCUUCAUGAGGCUUUGAUCCAUUUGGGCGAGAGGUUGGACCAGCUGGGCGCAGAUGUCCAACGCAUCGACUCAACCGUCACAGCAUUGACCGCGAACUUGGAGAAGAUGCCACGAUCAGAUGUGUUGCAAAUUGAGAAAGGACAGCGAGUUGUCAGUGCAACUUCGCCUCCCCGCCAGUCUUGGUCCAAGCGGCUGAUGGCUUUAGAGCGUGGGCAGAGAACAUUGGCAGCUGGAACGAGAAGAGCUUUGCGCCAGGCCUUGGCAGCCCACCGUGCAGUCAAGGAGCCUCGUCUUUCAUUGAGUUCUGGACCAGUCCCACUUGAUCAGGAUUCCAAUGUUCAUGCUCAGCCUAUGCACAGCGAGACAUGGGAGGAGUUUCCUCACUGGCUGGACAGCUUUCUUCAGCGAGAGUUCAACCAGCUCGACGGGCAGGUCAGCAAGCUUACCGCAAGCGUUCACACGGGCAGCUUUCAAGACAGCUGUGGCGGAUUGGAAAGUGAGGAGGAAGGUGGCUGA